AUGGGUCUCUUUGAUACCAACGACUCCUGGGAGGUUUGGACCGAGAUCUCGGGCGUCCAGCGCGAGCGCGCCCUUGAGCUCAUCCACGACCAUGAUUACUUCCUGCACACGGCGGACCCGCAGUUCGUCUCGUACCAGGCCGAGACGAUCGACUCCAAGGACGGCCUGACGCGGCUGCCGGCCGACAUGCACGCCGACGCCACGGGCCCGACCCAGUGCUACGCAGUAACCGACAACAUCCCAGGCCCCAUCGCCAAGCUGCUCCCCGGCAAGUCAACCGCCGUCAACCACUACCAGCUCACCAACACCACCCAGGGCAUGUUCAUCAACUUCAAGGGCGCCAUGGGUCUGGUCUCGGACCGCAAGAUGACCGUCCGUGACGCCGGCAACGGCAACAUCAGGCUCGUCCAGGAGGUCGGCCUCAAGUGCAAAAAGAUGAUGCUGAGCGUUCUCAGGGGCCAGUACGAGCAGCACUGGAGGAGGAUCCACGAGGAGUACGCCAAGAAGAUGGGCGGUGACGUCGUCGGCCACUCGGACGGUCUGACUUCUGCUUGA